AUGGGUGAGGCAGAGGCGAUCUCAAUGCACCAGCCCCUUUACCCCACUGUCUCUUGGCUUGCCAGCAGCUGCACCGAACAGUUCCUGAGCAUGGGGUGUCUGGAUUGCCUGCCUCCCCCAUGCUGGUGUUGGUGCCGCUGCACAAGCCUCCCACGAACCUCCAAAAAAGAGGGAAAAAGCAAAGCAGCUGGCUGCGGAGCUGCCGGCUUCGGGGAAGCAGCCCAACAAGCAGAAGCGCUGCACACAGAAAGAGAAGGGCAAAAGAGGUAUUUGCGCUGCCCCAAGGGGCCAGCGGGUUGCAGAGACAAAGGCGAGCUCCAGGGUGGCAGUGGCGCUCUGGGAGGGAGAGCAGAUGUCUUGGGGAUGCACAUGUGGUGCUGCUGCCACUGCCACUCUCAGCCCCAGUGCAGUGGCUGCAUCUCCCCCAAGGGCCGGCUGCCCACCCACUGGCCGGCCCAACCUAGAAGCAGCAUGUCUCCCAUCAAGAGCUGGAUGUGGGACCCAACCUCGGAAGGCAAGCGGGCAUGGGGGACCGCUGGGAAGGCUGCGUGGAAGCUUCACCCUUUCCUGUACAUCUCCCAAUAUUGCAAUAAUUCCAUGGAGGGAGUCUAUUUGGAUGAGAAAGGGGACCUGGCAGUUGACUUUGACAUCGUGUUCUGGGAGACGUUUCCCAAUUGGACUUGUAACAAAGUGAAGGUUGGGAGCUUGGAAAGAACAGGACUCUCAGAAGAUAAAUUCAAGCUCACAGUGGACCAGACUGCAAUUAGAAGAGCCGUGCAGCCCCUGCCAACGUCUCGGUGUGUGGAUAGUUGCCUGCCUGGAUUUGUCAGGCGGCUGGACCCCAUGAAGCCAAUUUGCUGUUACAAUUGUGUUCCUUGCGCAGAAGGGACCGUCUCUACCCAGGAAGAUGCCAAACACUGUGUGAGAUGCCCAGAAGAUCAGCACCCCAACAAUAACCGAGAUCAGUGUAUUCCUAAGGUGAUAACUUUCCUAUCCUACUCAGACAAUCUGGGCAUCAUCCUUACUUCCUUCACUCUACUUUUCUCUUUGAGCACCAGCUUUGUUUUAAGCAUCUUUCUUAAGCAUCUGGAAACUCCAGUAGUUAAAGCCAACAACCGGGACCUGUCUUACCUGCUCCUCAUUUCCCUCCUGCUGUCCUUCUUGUCUUCCUUCCUCUUCAUUGGCCAGCCAAGGAGAGCCACCUGCCUCUUGAGACAAUCAGCCUUCAGCAUCAUUUUCUCAGUGGCUGUCUCUUCUCUCUUGGCCAAAACCAUCAUGGUGGUGCUGGCCUUCCUAGCCACCAAGCCAGGAAACAGUGUGAGGAAAUGGCUGGGGAAGGUUUUGGGAAAUUCCAUUGUUUCUUCUUGCUCUGUUGUCCAAGUUACGAUCUGUGCCAUCUGGCUGAGCACCUCUCCUCCAUUUCCUGAUUCGGAUAUGCAUUCCCAGGCAGGAGAGAUUGUCCUGCAGUGCAAUGAAGGCUCAGUUGCCAUGUUUUACAUUGCUCUCUGCUACAUGGGUUUCCUGGCAGCUGUCUGCUUGGUGGUAGCUUUCCUGGCCCGGAGGUUGCCUGGGGCCUUCAAUGAAGCCAAGCUGAUCACCUUCAGCAUGCUUGUUUUCUGUAGUGUUUGGAUCUCUUUUGUGCCCACCUACCUGAGCACCAAGGGCAAGUACAUGAUAGCCGUGCAGGUUUUCUCCAUCUUGGCCUCCAGUGCUGGACUGCUGAGCUGCAUCUUUUUCCCCAAGUGCUACAUUAUCCUUUUUCGACCUGAUUUGAAUAAAAAGGAGCAGCUCACCCUGAAAAACAAAACAGAAAUGUGAUUUUAAAUGUGAUUGCAUAAUUUAGCAAGCAAAGGGACCCAAUUUGAUUAUCUUGGUUCCCCAAAACAAAUGUUUAGUUUAAACACGGUAAUUUCUUAGUGAAGCUCAUUCUAUCUGCUUUAGAAAUAAAAUGAAGACAUACAAUCAUA